AUGGACACAGAGUUCACAUUAAGACCUACAUCCAAAGCUAACACCAGCAACACCAUGUAUAGGCUUUUCCUGCUCGCUGCACUUUUGGCUUGCGUUGCCGCCGCUCCACGCCCAGGACCAGAUGCUCAGAUAACCAAAUUCAACACACAGGCUGAUACGGAUGGCAGCUACUCCUACGAGAUUGAAAAUAGCGAGAACACAGUCGUAUCGGAGCAAGGCCAGGGCGCAGUUUAUGCAAAGGGAUUUUAUAGAUAUGAUUCACCCGAAGGGAUUCCCGUUCAAUUAAGCUAUGUGGCCGAUGAAAAUGGAUUCCAGCCCCAAUCAGAUCUGUUGCCCACGCCACCACCCAUCCCGGAUUAUAUUCUGAGAUCCAUUGAAUUCAUUCGGCAGCAUCCCACGCCCGAGGAGGUGCUCGAUCGUGAGGUGCGCGCCCGUCAAAUUUAA